UAACGCUGGCAAUUUCGGAAAGUACUAAGUUUUCACAUCUCUUCAUUCACUGCCGCAACGAAAAAUAAAUUAAGUCUCAGCAGGAUGAUAGGCUUCCUGAUAUGGGCCAGGAAUCCUGGCAAGCUGCUGCUCCCCCGCAGCGGAGUGAUGCCGUCCCAGCUGCUUCGUGGCCAGAAGACCAUGCCGGUGUACGAUUACCGUUGCAAGAAUCCGCCCAAGUGGGGCUACUCGGCCUUCGGACGGGACCAGAAGACCUGGGGCGAGUGGAGCUGUGCCCGGCUGGAUGACCUACUGAACUGGGGUCGCAAGGGAUCGCUGUGGCCGAUGACCUUUGGCCUCGCCUGCUGCGCCGUGGAAAUGAUGCACAUCGCGGCCCCUCGAUACGACAUGGAUCGCUACGGAGUGGUGUUCCGGGCGUCUCCGCGCCAGGCGGACGUGAUCAUCGUGGCCGGAACUCUGACCAACAAGAUGGCACCGGCCUUCCGGAAGGUGUACGACCAGAUGCCGGAGCCCAGAUGGGUCAUUUCCAUGGGCAGUUGCGCCAAUGGUGGCGGCUACUACCACUACUCCUACUCGGUGGUUCGCGGCUGCGAUCGCAUUGUGCCCGUGGAUAUCUACGUGCCCGGCUGUCCGCCCACCGCCGAGGCCUUGAUGUACGGAAUCCUGCAGCUGCAGAAGAAGGUCAAGCGCAUGCGGACUCUGCAGAUGUGGUACAGGAAGUGAGGUGCUCCUGACCUCUUAAGUUCAGUAAAUAAAUGACUUUGUAUCUAGUGGGAA